AUGGGAUCAGAACCAAAUACCGUCGGAAACAACGGAGAUCAAACCAACGAAUUAGGGCCUUUAUUUUUCUAUCAUUCCUCUGCGGAACCUAUUCCUGGCUUCUAUGAACUCUAUGGGGUGUACGAACGGUCAGACACCAAUGUUCUAGGAGAUGAUGUUGACGGCGAAUCGACGGAUCACCAACUUGAUUCAGAUCAAAGCAGGUGCUUCAACUGUGGAGAACCGGAUCAUAAAGUCACAGAAUGUCCCCUUCGUCUCAAUCGCGAGCUCAUAGCACUCUCAAGGCAAUAUUAUCAAUUUAAACAAGGAACUCUAGGGACCGGAAAUUGGCAAAGAAUUCAUGCUGUUGAAGCCUGGAGGCAGCAACGUUUGAAUUGGCUGGAAGAAUUCGAACCAGGUAAAAUCAAGGGAGAACUCCUGAAGGAAGCCCUGGGGACCUACAACGAAGAAUGGCUUAGAAAUAUCUCUGUCUGGGGUUACCCUCCUGGAUGGAUCAGCCCAAUUGAUCCACGAGAACGUGUUAGAUCACGUAUCUGGAACGAAAUAGAUGGUGACAUUGAAGGUGAACUUGAUGAUUCAACGCCUUUCGAGAUCCAUGGGGAUGAUGAUCAUAUAGACCAAGUGUCAUUUGGAGAUACCUUCAAGAUUACCCGUCUUACUGAUAUAAAGCAUGAGGACCAAUCUGGCUCUGAAGAUUCAUCUAGUCGCCACUUGAGUAGUUCAGCCUCCUCUUCUGACGAGGAAUCCAGGGAUGAACCUCUCGUACCUAUCCGAUGGGCAAAUUACCCUCCUAGCUAUUUCUCUUCGCAGCACCUGAUACCCUACAAAUCGCCUCCUCCCUCUGAAACAUGGUAUAGUACUCGUUUCGAGAAUACCACCGCAUAUCUGUGUCAAUUUUCGUACUAUGGUUCCCAGCCGCCUCCACCUCCAUCUGAGGAACCGCCGCCUCUUCCGCCGCCGUUUGACCCGCCGCCGCCGCCGCCUCCUUCAAUGCCCCCACCUCCGUCUUCACCCCCACCGCCACCCCCUCCUGCAAAAGUGCUUAGUCAUGCUUCUGCACCGUUGCCCGACAAGCCCAAAGAUUUAACGCUUGAAAAUGAUCAAGCUGAUCUAUCUGAAUGUGAUAUGGAUUUCUCAGACUCAGAAUAA